AUGGACAUUCCCGAAAUAAUCUUCACAAGCCUUGGAUUGGUGGUUCUUGAUGAAAUCAGGUUCUCCAACAAAAAGCCAUUGACCAAUGUUCUGGGCGGGUCUGGGGCAUACGCAACACUCGGUGCUCGAUUGUUUCUGUCACAUCCACAGAGUUCCUCGGUGGGCCUUGUAAUUCGAGCUGGGAAAGACUUCCCAGAGACUACCAAGGCACUACUGGACAGCUGGGGCGUAGCCUUGACUAUGCAAAAGGAAGUUGACAGGCUAGCAACAAGAGGAUUGCUUGAAUACAAAGAUACGACCUUCGGGCCGAAGGACUUCCAGUACACAACUCCAGUUCUCGCGGGCGGAAACGUCCAGAACUUUGUCGAAGCAGCGGGCUUGGUCGAUGUCUUCUCUCCCAAUCAUAUUGAGCUAGCUAGGAUAUUUGGUGAAGCUGUCGGUUCACUGUUUAAAGGAAAAAUUGAGCAACUAGCCUUGAAGAUUGUCGCUCGCGACGUUGGACAGGAAGGGAAAGGCGCCGUCAUUAUUCGCGCUGGCGAACAUGGCUGUCUCAUUGCCAAGAAGAACAUGUCUCCUUUAUGGCUACCUCCGUAUUAUGACAUGGCAGAUAACCAGAGAAACAAAGUCAUUGACCCCACUGGAGCUGGCAAUGCGUUCCUGGGAGCAUACGCUGUUGGCUAUGCCAAAACAAGAAGUGUUAUCCAGGCAGCUUGCUAUGGAUCAGUUGGGGCUUCCUUUGCCUUGGAACAGGUUGGUAUGCCGGUGAAGUCAGAUGAAGGAGGGUGCGAGUUGUGGAACGAGGUUCAUGUACAGUCAAGACUGCAAGAGUAUAUGUCAAGGCGCGAAGUUGCCGCGAUUUUGGAAGGCUGA